CAGGAGGGGCACAGAUGGGAUCGGCUAUGUCGCGAUCUCGCAUCUGCCCGCCGCGCCAAUCACGGCCCCCAGUGGCGCACCCCGCCCGCACCGUUUCUCCCCUUUCUGUCAUCCCAGGGCCAUCCUCAUCCACUCUCCGCACCCAGACAAAUCCACACUCCAUGUCCGGCGGUCGCAUUCGAAUUCUGCCUGUGCCUUGCUCAGUCCGAUCGUCGACGCGCGACACCUGGAGUCCGCCACAGCGCGGUACCGGUGGACAAGAUCGCGCUAUGCUGCAAUAGGUCUAGGAUACCUUAUCGCCAGCGCACGAACGUGCAGAGGUCGGUCUGUGUCCGUCGGUCGUGUGGCGGUCCUGGACCGCCCCGCGCUCGACCUUCUGCCACGCGUUGAUUUGAGCCUAGAGACGUUCUCGGACCAUCUGUCCUUUGAACCAAACUUCGAACUGUGAGUUUGUGGCUUUCACUUGCAGCAAUA